CUUGACAGAAAGAAAUUAUCAUCUGAUCGACGAUCGAGAGUUAGCCACUUGUAACAAAAGAAAGAUGUAGAUAUUACCGAUACAUAUAUAUGUAAACAAAGAAAUAGAGCGAAUAUAUGUGGAAAAUCUCAGCAUUGUCAGCUCACCCACAUUGUUAACUGAACGAGAAAAAUUCGGAGCCGGCAAACAGUUCUCGGCUCCGACUCCGGCCCCGACUCCGGCGCCGAUUACAAUAAUUCACGCCCGGCUCCGGCUUCAAUCGCAGUAUUUGACGCCCCGGCUCCGGCUCCUACUCUGGCUCCGUUUAUAAGAGAAGCCGGCUCCUAG